AUGCAAUUCACAACCGUCGACGCGUCGCCCCAGCUGGUGCCCAGCAAACGGGACCCCUUGGUGCCUGUCCACUCACACACGGUUGAGGAGCGUGAGGCUAAGCGUCCACGGACUGCCGAGGUCUUGCUUGAAGAACAACUUCCUCAAUCGCUCAUCGACGCGGUUGAACUUACCAAAGAGACUAUCAAGGCAGAAGAGGAAGAACAGCUUCCUCAAGGAAUCACCGAGACGGAGGAGGAGAAGCAGAAGCACUGGUUCGUCGGUAGUAUCGACCAGGGAACGACUUCAACUCGGUUCCUCAUCUUCAAUGGCCAUGGCGAGCCUGUUGCUAGCCACCAGAUCGAGUUUGAGAACCAUUACCCGCACUCGGGAUGGCACGAGCAUAAGCCAAUGGAACUCCUCGAGUCUGUCGAAACAUGCAUUGCAAAGGCGACCGAGAAGUUUUGCGCAGAUGGCCACACUGUUUCUGAGAUCCGCUCCAUUGGCAUCACCAACCAGCGCGAGACGACGGUCCUUUGGGACAAGAACACCGGCGAAGCCCUCUACAAUGCCGUCGUCUGGCCUGACACUCGUACUGCCGCGCUUGUGCGCGAUCUAAAGGCCCGACCCGGUGCCGACAAACUCCAGGAGAAGUGCGGACUCCCAUUGUCCACAUACCCCUCAAGCGUCAAGUUGCUUUGGGUUCUCCAAAACGUAGACUCCGUACGAAAGGCCUAUGACGAAGGCCGCCUCGCAUUCGGCACUGUUGACUCAUGGUUGAUCUACCAGCUCAACGGAGGUGCAAACAAGGAGGGUGGACCUGUCUACGUCACAGACUCGACCAACGCCAGCCGUACCAUGUUCAUGAACCUCAAGACACUUGAUUACGACGAUGAUCUGCUCAAGUUUUUCGACAUCGACCGUAACAAGCUUGGUCUUCCUAAGAUUGUGCCAUCCUCCCAUCCCACUGCCUUUGGUACCCUCGCCCGCGGGCCCCUGAAGGGCACACCUAUUGCUGGCUGUCUGGGUGAUCAAUCAUCUGCUCUGGUCGGCCAAUGUGGUUUCAGCCCAGGCCAAGCCAAGAACACAUAUGGCACGGGCUGCUUCCUCCUCUACAAUGUUGGACACGAACCUGUCAUCUCCAAGACGGGCUUGCUCGCAACUGUCGCAUACGACUUUGGUCGGGGUCGUAAACCAGUCUACGCCCUCGAGGGCAGUAUCGCUGUUGCUGGUUCCGGUGUCAAGUUUCUACAAAACAACCUUGGCAUUAUCAAGGCGGCUUCAGAGGUGGACAGUGUUGCUCAGUCCGUCCCCGACAACGGUGGUGUCGUCUUUGUGACGGCGUUCAGUGGUCUCUUUGCCCCGUACUGGAUUGACGAUGCCAAGGGCACGCUCUUUGGUGUCACCCAACAUACAAAGAAGGGCCACAUUGUACGAGCCACACUCGAGGCUACCUGCCACCAAACGGCGGCGAUUCUUGACGCCAUGGCCUCGGAUUCUGGUCAUGCCUUGGACAUCCUUGCAGUCGAUGGAGGUCUCUCCAAUUCGGACCUCUGUAUGCAAACUCAGGCUGACCUGAGCGGCGUCCCUGUUGAUCGCCCAGCCAUGCGCGAAACUACCGCACUGGGGGCCGCCAUUGCCGCCGGACUCGCCACUGGAGUCUGGAACGAGCUUGAAGAACUGCACGAAGUGAACAGGAAGGGCCGCAAGGUUUUCAAGCCCCAGCUUGAUACCAAGGACCGAAGUCGGAUGCGGAAGCGGUGGGAGCGGGCUGUCGAUAUGAGCAGAGGAUGGCUCAAGGAUAUCGGUGAUGAAUAA